AUGGAUCAAAUACCAGAUAUAUCACUAUUACUGCAUCAUUCAGUAAUCACAUUCAAUGAUAGCCACAACAGAAGUGUUGAAAACAAUGACAUUUCACGAGCCGUCAAACGUUUGCUAUCAUCUCUUCAGUCGGUCAGCAAAAGACUUAAAACAAAUACAAAUGAAUUGAUAUUGAAAUCAAAGAGUUUAUUGAGUGAUGAUUUGGUAAAAUGUUUGUCCAAAUUAGAGACAAUAGUCUUAUAUGAGGACACGUUUGCCGAGACAUCAGUCCUGUCGAGUCUGGCGUUGGCUUUACUGUUGAAUCUAUGCUUAAAUGACACCAAAAAAGCAAUUCAUUUAUUAUUCAAAUUGUUUGACAAACAAAUCAUUUCUGAUAUUUCUCUAAAUGAUUAUCAAAUUGAUAACCAAUUGACUGAUGUCUUAGACUGUUGUAUUGAAUCAAACGAUUUGUCAAAAUUAUCACUUUUGACCUCAAUUUUGAAUUGCAGUCAAUUUUGUGAUCAUCUCAUGGAUUAUCACACAAAUGUCUUCAUUCAACUUCAUUGUCAUAUAAUAAAGAUAUAUAAUGAACGACUGGUUCAUCAGUUUCAUGUCUUUAAACUAAUUUAUCAUUGGUUUCGUGUUUUUCACACUUAUUUAAGACAAUUGGCACAAAAGGAGUCGCAAGUGUUUGACGACAAAACAAUUAUUAAUCAAAUAUUGGACAUAAUUGAUACCAAUUGGGAACAUCCUAUCAAUGGAGUCAAAGAUAGUAUUAAAUUGAUUUAUAAUUUAAUUCUUGAAAUAUAUACUACUUUUAAGAAGUUGAUGCCAUCUAAUGCUAUAUCAAUACUAAACAGUUAUGAUUUGAUUGCUGAGGAAGUACUUAAAACAAGUCGUUUAGCGCUAACAUCUAAAGCAAAAUACAGAAAACUAUCGAUUUUAAUGCCAUUCAUCGGCUGGAAAGCAAUCAUUGAAUCUGAUCCACAAUUAUCAACACAAAUGCUUAAAUACAUUUCUAUAAACAGUUUGUCGACGGCUAUCAUAGAGUUAUAUAAAGCAAUGAUUAUAUCAAUGAAUGACAACAACAAUGAAGAUUUAUUAGACAAUUGGUCGCACUAUUGGUUAUCAAGUAUUAGUGAAUCACUCAAAUUGAAGAACAAAGUGAUUCACAACAAUAUGAUCGCUCAUAUACUUCCUUUUACUAUCAAAAACAUUGACGGAUCAACUCAACUGAUAUUUGAAUCAUUAAGUGACUCUAAUAUAGCUGAAGUGGCAUUAGUUCGGUCUGCAAUUGAUAAUAACAUUACCAUUUCAUUUAUGCCAUCAUUACAAUGGUUUAAACGAAUUCUUAUAAACAAUGAAGAUAUUGUCCGCGAAGAAGGUCUUAGUUUGUUAUUAGAUGAAAGAUUUAUAACUAAUAGAAAUCAAGUAAUGGAUCUAUUUUUGUUAUAUUUGUCAUCAAAUCUUAAUGUUGACAAUCCAUCGUUUAGACAAAAAAUUGUCAGCAAAAUAGACCACUUUCUUAAUAAACUUUGUAUCAGUUUAUAUGAUAAAUACUGUUUACACGGCUGUUAUGAUGAAUCAGAUCUCAAGAUUGUUGAUUUUCUUAAUAAUUUUCUUGAAAUUAUUGCAUCAAAUUUGAUAUCUGGCUCUUCAUAUCAAAGAAGAAUGACGUGUUUAUUACUUUACAAAGAUGAUAAAGUGAGAAAAUUAGCCUCAAAUAUGAUGAUUACAUUUCAUAAUAAUUAUAAAGAACUGUUUGAUUAUAAUUUAAAUAUUAUGGCAGAUAUUGCUAUUAAUUUUGUGAAUAGUCCGCGACAUCAGGAGACCCAUUGUGGAGGACUAAUCUUCAAAUACAUUAUAACAUGUUUUGAAGAGUUUGAUGUUUAUGACAAACACAUAGCAUCUAAAUUAGAUUUAAUUGAAUUUUUAUUAUCAACGGCUCAAAACCAAUUAAUGUCAGCAAAAAUAGACUUUUUUAAUUCAUCAAAAAAUAGUCCAAUUCAUGGCUUUUUAUUAACACUUAAUAAUUGUCUGUCUUUUGAAAAUUUAAAAGACUUUAUAAAUGAAAAACGAUUCAAAGAUUUAAUUGAGACAAUUAUUAAGACAUGUUUUGAUUGCAUAGAUCUAAUGUUAAGUCAAUUAUCAAAAGCAAACGUCCAAUUUUCGCCGUCUUUUCAAGAGAUGUGUCAAUCACUGGAAUCAGUAAUUAUUGAACGAAUUGAUGGACUUAAAGAGCAAAAGUUUGACGACAUUUCUGCUUCAAAUGAUUUCCAACUAUUAUUAUCAAUGUCUUGGCUUAAUAUCAAAGAAUGUAGUUUUUUAUUACAAAAUAUUAUUGAUUUACUCAUAUGUUGUCCACACGAUAUCAUUGAUGAAGAAAUGAUUAGAAGUAUAGGGAAUAAACAAAUAACUAUAUUAACUAAAUGUCGACAUAAGGGAGUCAUUGAAGCUACUUGUAUAUCAUUAACCAAAUAUACCAAUUCAUUAAUUAAGAUGAAAUGUCAAAAUGAUAUGCAUAUUAAUACACUUAAGUUAUUAUUAAAUGAUUCAUUAAAUUGUAUCUCAAAGUCGGCCAUCAAUACAAACAUAACUCGGAAGUCGGCCGGAGUGGCACUCAUUAUUCAGGCUAUUCUUAUUGGCGAAUCUGAAGCAUAUAACAGUGGUUACAAAUUAGAUAAAUCUUUAUAUAGCCAAACAAUAAAUCAUUUAAUAGAGAUCGCAAGCCUAUCAGUUUCUACAGAUAUGGACCAAAACAGUGAUUUACCACAAACUUAUUCAUUGCAUAUAUUAAAAUCUAUCGUAAAUACCUCCUCUCUCUCACGACUGACCAUUCAAACAGUCGAAAGUCUUUUACCAAUUUGUAUCAAAGGUUUUAGUUGUCAAGUAUGGCAAAUACGUAACGCAUCGCUUCAAUUGUAUGGUUCGUGUUGUAGCCGAAUGCUUGGUCAGAAAAAGACGAGUGAUGUCGACUACUUUAUGAUUGAUGGCUCGACAAUCACAUCCAAUGAAUUAUUUUCAAGAUAUCCAACACUUUUUUCAGCUUUUAAAUUGCAAUUAAAGCAAAGUAUUGAGAAAACGGAAAAUGGAUUUUUGUGCUCUGAAUUGGUACCAAUUAUGUCAUUGUUUGCAUCAUUUUCUCCAAUAAUAAUUGGAGAUGACUAUAAUGACAAAGAGAUGUUAAGUUAUUUUGUUAGUCUAUUAAAUAGUAAGAUUUGGAAGAUCCGAAUGUUGACCGCAAAGACAUUAUCCCGUUUGUUACCAAUCACUCAAUUGCAACAACUUUUGCUACAAUUGUCUUCACAACAGAAUUUAAAUUAUAAGAUAAUAUCAAAUGUAAAGUUUAAUAAAAGUGAUGACAUAAGACUAAUGGCAACUAAAAAACUUAAUGAUAUUGUCAAUGAACUGAAUAAUAAUAAGAAAAUAUUAGAUGUAAUCAAUUCCCAGAUUAUAUUAAAAACGUGUGAAAUACUAUUUGUAAUCCUUGAAGACGAAGAUAGAGUAGUCAGAAGUGAAGCCGAAAUUAUUUCUUCAAAAUUAAUGUUUUCUUCUAAAUAUACACUUAAUAGUCAAUGUUUGUCUUAUAACACAGCUAUCGAUUGUUUAUUUAUUUGGUUGAUUGAUAACCAAACAGUAGAGGAUCAGUUAAAAGUGGACUUUCUAUGGCAUAGAUUGCAAUCUGUGAUAUCGUUAUCCAAAUUAUUUGGAUUUCAACAACAAAAUCACAUACUCUUUGAAAAAGAAGAAAAGAAUGUCUUUGCCGAACCUGUCUUUCAAUUGUUUAAAAUAUAUGAAUCAUUGAGACGAUUUGCUUUAGUAUUUGGAAACUUCCGAAACUAA